UGUAACUUACACAAAAGUGUACCCUUCGAUUUUCUCUAAAAUAAAAAAAAAGUUCAAUCAUUAACCUUGUCAGACUGAAAAGUAUCACAUCAGGUUAGAUCCUCUGCUUCAAAGAUCUUCUUGAGCCUUUAAACCCAUUGCUUCAAAGAUUUUCACAUCAUAUUCUUCUUGAAUAUUAAUAAGAUUAGUCAAUCGCUACCAAAAAAAGGAAAAACUAAUCAAAGAAGGAAAAAGAAAGAAUGGUUGAAACGAGUGGGAAGGUUUCUUCAUCUCCAUCAUCUUUUUAUGCGCGUAGAGACUUGGAGUUUUUCAAGGUUUAUCUUCCCGAGUUCAAUUCUCGCGAACUGGUGAUACCUCCAGCAUUCAUAAACAUCUUAGAGAAGCCAUUACCUAACCAAGUGGUACUAGCAGAUGAGAUCGGACGAUCAUGGAACGUAGAGACCAAGACUGAAGACACUGAAGAAAGAGUUGGUGUUGUUGUUUUCAAAAAAGGUUGGGGAAAUUUCGCAAACGAUCACUCUCUCGAGUUUGGAGACUUUCUAGUGUUUAGCCACGACGGCGUUUCAAGAUUUUCCGUUACGAUAUUCGAUAAAAACGGAUGUAGAAAAUAUCUCGUUGCCGUUCCAACUAGGGCGGAUAGAUCUAGGGUUGCUGUUGAGAAAGAACCGGUUCUUGUUAAACCGUUUGCUGAUAUUUCUACCAAACGUUGUGGCAAGAGUUUGAAACGCGUUUCGGUUAAGGAAGAGCCUAGUGGUAACCGGGUUAGAGAUCCUUCUGAGAUGGGAUGGGUUCCUGAGAAGAAGAAACUCAAAGGAUUUGAAGAACCGGUUUAUAAACCGAAGAAUCCGCAUUUUGUGAGGAAUAUUACUACCGGAUCACGUCGCCAGAUGGAUAUACCGACAACUUUUCUGAAAUCGAACGGGAUCGAAAUGGAGGAAGACAUAGAGCUAUGUGAUGAAAAUGGGAAGAAGUGGCGAAUGAAGAUUGUGAUUCACGAUAGAGGACAAAGGUUCUCCCCUGGUUUGUGGUUGAGUUUCUGCCAAAGCCAUAAGUUGACAACGUCCAAUAAAUGUUUAUUUGAGUUCAUCGUGAGAAGUAAUGGGGCAUGCAACCAGGUUCUAGUUCGCAUCUUCCGUGGAACAAUGCUUACUACUGUUACCAGAAAUAGUUACCAAGUUCUUGCUAUGUAACCUUUAACAUUCAGCAGUAUUACUAUAUUAUAUAUGUUCGGUUCUUUCAUAA